AUGGACUACAGCGAGAACUUCGUCGACCUCGCCGAUCCUUCUGAGCUGCCGGUGCCAAAGGAGGAGGAGGACGAUAGGUCCUUCGACUUGUCCGGCGAUGACGCAGACAACCUCGACUACAAGGCCUUCUGGGCCGCCGCUAUCGUCCUGCUGAUCAGCAUCGUCUCCCUGCUGCAGCGCCCAGCCUCUGCGGAGAUAAAGUCGUAUGUUGUGUACCUCGGCGCCCACUCGCAUGGCAGGGAGGGAGCUGCUUUGGCGUCCAACCAAGAACGAGCCAGGAGCUCCCACUACGAGUUCUUGGGCUCUGUUCUGGGAAGCGAGGAGAAGGCGCAGGAUGCCAUCUUCUACUCCUACACCAAGUACAUCAACGGCUUCGCCGCCACGCUGGAGGAAGAGGACGCGAUGGAGAUCUCGAAGCACCCGAGCGUGAUCUCGGUGUUCCCGAACAGAGGGCACAAGCUGCACACCACCCGGUCAUGGGAGUUCCUGGGGAUGGAGAAGGAGGGCCGGGUGAGAGCCAACUCCAUCUGGGCCAAGGCAAAGUUUGGGAAAGGCAUCAUCAUUGGCAAUCUAGACACAGGAGUGUGGCCGGAGGCCGGCAGCUUCAGCGACGACGGCAUGGGCCCGGCGCCGGCGCGGUGGCGGGGCGUCUGCCAUGACCAGAACUCCGACGCGCAGGUCCGAUGCAACAGGAAGCUGAUCGGCGCGCAGUACUUCAACAAGGGCUACAUCGCUACUGUCGGUCAGGCGAACCCGGCGAGCACGCGGGACAGCGACGGGCACGGCACGCACACGCUGUCCACGGCGGCGGGCCGCUUCGUGCCGGGCGCCAACCUCUUCGGGUACGGCAACGGCACGGCCAAGGGCGGCGCCCCCGGCGCGCACGUCGCGGCCUACAAGGUGUGCUGGCGGCCCGUGAACGGCAGCGAGUGCUUCGACGCCGACAUCAUCGCGGCCUUCGACGCGGCCAUCCACGACGGGGUCGACGUCCUCUCCGUGUCCCUCGGCGGAUCGCCCGCCGAGUACUUCGAUGACGGCGUCGCCAUCGGGUCGUUCCACGCCGUGAGGAAUGGGGUUACCGUGGUUUGCUCGGCGGGCAACUCCGGGCCGGGAGCGGGUACGGUGUCUAACACCGCGCCGUGGCUCGUCACCGUCGGCGCUAGCACCGUGGACCGCGAGUUCCCGGCCUACCUUGUUCUUGGAAACAAGAAGCGGAUCAAGGGACAAAGCCUGUCGCCGGUGCCCCUCCCUGCGAACAAGCAUUACCAGCUCAUCAGUUCUCAAGAAGCCAAGGCAGCCAAUGCAACAGCUGCGCAAGCACAAUUGUGCAUCGAGGGGUCACUCGACAAGGCGAAAGUGAAGGGGAAGAUCGUGAUUUGCAUGCGAGGGAAGAACGCGCGGGUGGAUAAAGGGGAGACAGUUCUUCGAGCCGGCGGGGUUGGGCUGGUGCUUGCAAACGAUGAGUCGACGGGGAACGAGAUGAUCGCCGACGCGCACGUGCUCCCGGCCACGCACAUCACCUAUUCUGAUGGAGUCGCGCUGCUUGCCUACAUGAACUCAACCAGGCUUGCGUCAGGCUACAUCACUGUGCCGAGCACCGCGCUGGAGACGAAGCCAUCGCCGUUCAUGGCUGCCUUCUCCUCUCAGGGUCCCAACACCGUUACGCCCCAGAUCCUCAAGCCUGACAUCACGGCGCCGGGUGUCAGCAUCCUCGCGGCGUUCACCGGCCUGGCGGGACCGACCGGCCUCGCCUUCGACAGCCGCCGCGUCCUCUUCAACUCCGAGUCCGGCACCUCCAUGUCCUGCCCGCACGUCGCCGGCAUUGCGGGCCUCCUCAAGGCCCUCCACCCGGACUGGAGCCCCGCCGCGAUCAAGUCCGCCAUCAUGACAACCGCCAGGGUGCGGGACAACACGAAGCAGCCGAUGCGCAACUCGUCGUUCCUCCCCGCCACGCCCUUUGGCUACGGCGCCGGCCACGUGCAGCCCAACCGCGCCGCCGACCCCGGCCUCGUCUACGACAUGGGCGCCGCCGACUACCUCCACUUCCUCUGCGCGCUGGGGUACAACUCUUCCGUGAUUGACACGUUCGUGGGCGGGCAGCCGGAGGACAGCCGCCGCCAUGACGACGUCCGGCGCUAUGCUUGCCCGGCGGCGCCGCCCAAGGUGGAGGACCUCAACUACCCGUCCGUCGCGGUGCCCCACGUGUCCCCGUCCGGCGAGCCGCGCACCGUCACGAGGAGGGUGCGCAACGUGGGCGCCGCGCCGGCCGUGUACGACGUCAGGGUCAACGAGCCGCGCGGCGUGUCGGUGUCCGUGCGGCCGAGCCGGCUUGAGUUCGCCGUGGCCGGAGAGGAGAAAGAGUUUGUCAUGACGUUCAGGGCCAAGAAAGGGUCCUUCUUGCCCGGCGAGUACGUGUUCGGGCGGAUGGUGUGGUCGGACGGCGCCGGGCGGCACCGCGUCCGGAGCCCGCUCGUCGCAAGGGUGGCCGAUCAUCAUAGGACAAAUAAAACUGGCAUCUCCGUCGCUUGA